CAGCCGAGGCCCUCCCUCCCCUCCCUGUCCUCCGGCAGGCUGAGGGGACAGGGGAGCCCGGUCCGUGCCGCGGCGGAGGGGCUGAGGGGGCAGCAGAGCCGCCUUGCCCCGCUGCUCUCCCCGUGCUUUUCCACCGCAGGGAGACAGCGUCCCUGUCCCGAGCCGUGCCCUGGCAGGAAGCGGGAUCCCCCUGCCCUCGCCCCUGCCCUUUGCUCCGCCGGGCGGAGGGUGGCGGGGCUGGACCUUGGGCGAGCCCUCGGGCCUGUGAAGCUCCGGGCAUGGCUGUCGGCGGGCUCGGGAGCUCCCUGCUGCUGAUGUCCGGCGUGGUGGUGACCGUGGGGCUGUGCCGGAGGCUGGCCCGGCGCCGGCUGCGCUCCCGGCCGCUCCUCUUCGCUUUCCUUGUGGAGAUGUUCAGCACCUUCCAGAUCUGCGCCUGCACGAACGAGCUCAGCCUGCUGGGCAACGUGGAGCCGAAGCCGCACACCGCCCUCACCCUCACCUACGGCUUCACCGUCCUGCACGGCCUGACGCUCGCCGGCAGCGCGUGCAACCCCUGCGGGACCCUGCAGCCCGUGUGGGGCGGCGCGACAUCGCCCACCGUGGGCGCGCUCAAGAUCGCCGCUCAGUUCGUGGCUGCGCUGCUCGCCAGAGCGGUCAUGCACUUUAUCUGGAGCCUGGAGAUGGCAGAGCCGCAUCUCGGAGCGCUCUCACACGGCUGCAGCAGCCCCAUGCAGACGACAGAGAUGCAGGCGUUCUGCAUAGAACUGCUCUUUUCUGUCGUUUUCCAGCUGGCCGUCCUGCGAGCCGAAAGUGUUAAUCCCAAAUACAGAGUCCAUUUGAUUGCUCUUCUCAUCACCAUGCUCGUGUAUGCAGGUGGAAAUCUCACAGGAGCAAUAUUUAACCCAGCACUGGCUUUUUCAUUACAUGCAGAUUGUUUCUAUGACAAAUUUUUGAGUUACUCACUAGUAUAUUGGAUAGCUCCAUGCUUAGGUACAAUACUUGUGGCUUUUAUAUGGGAUGAACUCUUUCCUCGGUUAUCCUGAGACAU